GCGGGGAGCUGGACAGCUGCUGCUGAGGCUGAUCUUUGUUUGCCAUUACCUGAAGGCCAAGUAAGGGAAGGAUAGAAUUUCUGCUGCAAUUCUGACAAUAGAUAUCUUGAAUUAAAGUUUUAAGAAACUAUCUAUAGCCGAUACAUUAUUGCUGUAGGAUAUAAAUAUGCAAAUUUGAACCUCAUCUGCAGCCUUUAGUACCACUGCUUGAAGUGUCUUUCAAAUCUAAGCUAAGUGGAAUUUCCCAAACGCAUAUGUUGGACUUAAAGAUGAAUGAUAUGUGCAGGAUUUGUAGAAGGGAGCUUUGUGGAAAUCAGCGCAGAUGGAUUUUUCAUACAACUGCUAAGCAAAAUCUUCAAGUGAUAUUAUCUCAUAUUUUGGGUAAGGAGAUCUUACGUGAUGGCCAUGCUGAAUUUGUGUGCAGUAAGUGUGCAUUUAUGCUUGAACGUUUCUACCGUUUUGAUACGGUUAUAGCACGCAUUGAAGCUCUCUCAAUCGAACGCUUACAGAAGCUUCUUUCUGAAAAAAAUAGACUUAAACACUGCCUAGCUAGCCUUUACAGAAAAAAUAACAACGAAGAAGGUCAAAAAGCCAAGUCAGGAGAAGAAACUGUGGAGACUGCAAAUCCUGUAGAAGUUCAAUACUCAUAUUCAGCUCUUCUGCAGGAAGACUUUAUUUAUUCUGGAUAUGAAAGCUGGACUGAUUUGGAGGAACCUAGCCAAGAAAUUCUGUAUUGUUCCCACAAUGAGGGUACAGGAACUCUUCCAAGAAAAUGUCAUGGAUGUUCUUCUUUGAGAGUGGCUGAUGCUGACUAUGAAGCGGUUUGCAAAGUGCCAAGGAGGGUAGCUCAGAACAUCUCCUCUGGUCAGAUGUCCACAUGCACAAGCACUUUUAAUGAGCUAGUAACCAUUCCUCAAACGUCAGAAAAUGAGGCUGCAAAUGAUAAUGUUGUAUCGGAUGGAGAUGGCUUGGAAAGAUUGUCUUCACAUUCUAUUGAAUCACUUCCAGAUACCAAGGAUCCUGGGUCUAACAUACAAAAAGCUGAGGAAAAAGUCAAAUCAGCCACUGAGAAUCCAAAGUGUCAUUGCACGUCAUGCAACUUUUGUGUUAGCUCAUGUGGAUAUGUACGAAAGUUAGAUCUUGCACUUACUCUUGUUAAAAUGUUUGACUACAAACCAGUUCAGAGUCCAAGAGGGAGUAAAAUACCUGUUAAAAGCUGUUCAGUCAUAAAAUUAAACAGUACCCUCAACAGUGAUCAAUCAAGAACCUCAAACACUGAUCUUGGUUUCCUGGACAGCAUCAUGGAAUUACCUCCAAAAACAUCUGAAGACCCCAUUGCUGAAAAUUCUAAUCUUUAUGAAUUUUGGCACAAUGUCUAUGAAGAUUAUAUUCCAAUUUUCAUUCAGAGUUUGGCUGAAAAAAAGGGUCAUGAUGCAACUCAAUAUGAAACUUUGCUGUCACAAAAGGCCCAAAAUCUGCAUAAAUCCGGGAUGGAAGUUCAAGUACUUCAAGAAAAAUUGCAGGAGUCUAAGGAUAAUAUCAAGAAACUACAGGAAUUUCAGCAUCAGCUGACAAGCAAUUUAAAUAAUGCUGAAGAACUAACACACAAUCAAGAAUGUCUGUUGCAAAGCCUAAGGGAUUCACUUCAGAGCAGAGACAAUGAGGUUAUGGAACUAUACCAAAUAAUAGAUGAGCACAAUGACACUAUUGCUAAACUACAGGAUAUGCUAUUGAAAAGUCAAAAUGAACAACUGCAGGAGUUACAUGGAGCACUACAUAAACUCCAGAGAGAAUUGCAAGAGAAGAUUCAGCAUCUUAAAAACCUAGAAGAAGAAAAAUGUACUAAGCUACUUGCUCAGGAGCACAGCAUUGAGAGAUUAAAGCAAACUGUAUCAUUGAAAGAACAAAUACUGCAAGUGAGUGAAUUUAUUUGUCAUGAGUACUCAAAAGAAAACACAGGCAUGUACAUAUAUUUCAGCAAGCCUAUGUGGACCCUAACAUUGGUGUUUUUUAAAUAAUUUCUGUAUUCUAUAAUUUUCUUUAAUAGU